AUGGAUUUGAAGGCAGCUUGUAUGAUGAUAGUGGUUCAAGUGGCAUAUGCUGGCGUCAGCAUAUUAUACAAAAUGGUUGCAAAUGAAGGGACCAGCUUGAGCGUCCUCAUGGCUUAUCGUUUCCUCUUCGCUUCUGCUUUCAUGCUUCCUCUUGCUUUCUUCAUGGACAGGAAGAGCAAACCGAAAAUCACAGGGAAAGUCCUUUUUCAAGCAUUUCUUUGUGGAUUAUUUGGGGCAUCAUUGCAACAAAAUUUAUUUGUGGAGGCAGUGGCUUUAGCUGGGGCGACAUACGCUACGGCCAUGUACAACCUCAUUCCCGGUGUAACUUUUGUCUUAGCCGUCUGUUUUGGAGUGGAAAAGAUGAAGAUAAGAACAGUGACAGGGAAGGCAAAGAUAAUAGGGACUGUAAUGGGAAUUGUUGGGGCCAUGGUGAUGACGUUUUACAAGGGCGUAGGGAUACCGUUGUGGCCAACUCAUUUGAAUUUGAUGCGACACGUGGCACCACACAGUGAGUCUCCGGAGACGCAAAUCUGCGGCUCUUGCUUGGCUCUGGGCACUUGCCUCUCUUAUUCUCUCUGGUUGAUUAUUCAGGCAAUGAUGAGUGAGAAUUUCCCAUGGAAUUACACAAGCGCGGCACUGAUGUCUGUGAUAUCGUCAAUACAAUCAGUCGCAUUUGCACUCUUCGUGGAACGAGAUUGGAAUCGUUGGAAACUUGGCUGGGAUAUCCAGCUUCUCACGGCUGCCUAUACGGGAAUUGUAGCAUCUGGAAUAGCUUGGGUUCUAAUCACAUGGUGCGUACGAUUGAAAGGACCACUUUACACUUCCAUUUUCAGCCCUCUGUUUCUCAUACUAGUUGCCGUUGCCAGCUCUCUCGUCUUGGACGAAAGGUUACACUUGGGAAGCAUAAUAGGAUCCAUAUUGAUAGUGUUGGGACUAUACACGGUCUUGUGGGGCAAAGGCAAAGAAGAAUUAAAGAAAACUUCAGAUCAGAAUGAAGCAGAGGACUUACCUUGA